GGUCGGAGCCCGACCGCAGAGAGGCGUCUCGGGGCUGGGGCUGGGCUCGCGUCACUGCCCUGCUCUGCCUCCGCCUCUGCUGGGCCUGAGCUCCCCGCCCGCCCCGCCAGGCCCUGCCCUUACCUCUGUCGGCGGGUCUGGGGCGGCAGGUGGGCUGCAGCCUGUGGGUGGGUGGUGGGCUCCGCGCAGCUGUGGUGGAGGCCGGCUGGCUAUUUAAGGAGGGGAGGCGAGGCUGCAGCCCCUCGGGCCCUGAAAGGCCGCUUCAUUCCUGAGGGGUCCCCUGUGUGGUGGGCCACUCCUCUGGCUGCCUCUGCUGCCGCUGGGCCGUGAAUAUUCCAGUGUGUCCCAGCCGUCCCCCCACCCCCCGCCCCCAGCUGGGCCACCGAGCGGCACAGAGGCCGAGUGUGCGACUGUCUUCGAAGCCGCAGAGUGGGCGCCGGCCGGGUGGGAGGCCUGGCUGGGACCGACAGACACAACAGGACGUUUCAGAUCAGAGUCAUUUCCUGGGAGGCGGGGAGGGGGCCAGGGAGGGGCUGGCCGCCAUGGCAACGGGCCUGGGCGCCCAAGCCCGCACUGGCCAUCGGCAGAGGGGGUCUCGUGAAUGGGGAGGGUGGGAGGCCAAGGAGUCUCGUUCGGUCCGAUGAGAGGGGACUCUUUCAGGACGCUUGCUUAGGGUCCUUGUGUCCUGCCCCGUAUAAUGGGGCCCCGUUUGGGUGUGCGGAAUAAAUCGCGGCCUUUAUCUCGAGCGGGGCGCAGCUGCAGGCUGCCUCAUAAUGGGGCGCUGUCUGUGCCUGUGGGGACCCGGAGGCCUGGCCCUCGCCUGUGUGGGCUCCUCCUCUGGACGGGAAGCCUGGGAAGAGGGUCGCUGCGGCCCGCCGCCCACCUGCCCCACAGCUCCUCCUGGGGGUCUGGGAAAACUUUUCAGUUACAACGUUGAAAGAUGUACACAGCCAUCCCUGGGAAGUACCUGCCACAAGUACCGUCUGAAAUUCUUUCGCACAAACCCGUGCACUUGGGAUCACUGCCCAUUUUACAGACGGGGAAACUGGGACUCAGAGAGCUCACUGGUAAAAUUCUUAGGUUCCAUCUUCAUUCUACCUGGGAAAAACUUCUGCAGGUUGCCUUUAGAUCUGGCGCUGGGAUCAGGCACCUGUGCCGACCCUGCCACAACCGUGAGAAGGCCAAGGGCCUGGGCAAGUACGUCUGUCAGCGCUGCCACCUGGUCAUCGACGAGCAGCCCCUCAUGUUCAGGAACGACGCCUACCACCCAGACCACUUCAGCUGCACCCACUGCGGGAAGGAGCUGACUGCAGAGGCCCGCGAGCUGAAGGGCGAGCUCUACUGCCUGCCCUGCCAUGACAAGAUGGGCGUCCCCAUUUGUGGGGCCUGCCGCCGGCCCAUCGAGGGCCGUGUGGUCAACGCGCUGGGCAAGCAGUGGCACGUGGAGGUCUGUCCACGGGACUCAGCAGACUUGAGCCCACAGGCCAUGGAUGGGCAGGCACACCGCCUCCCUCCCUCCCCAUCCUGGCCUUCUAGAGGAUUCCAAAGUCAUGAGAACAGCUUGGGGACACUGGCCCGGGGUGCCCUGUGGGAUUGCGGUUGGCGGAAGUGGCUGCGUGUCCGGCCCACCUGCAGGCGAGGUGCUCAGCACUUUGUCUGCGCCAAGUGUGAGAAGCCGUUCCUGGGGCACCGGCACUAUGAGAAGAAGGGCCUGGCCUACUGUGAGACCCACUACAACCAGCUCUUUGGGGACGUCUGCUACACCUGCAGCCACGUGAUCGAGGGCGAUGUGGUGUCGGCCCUCAACAAGGCCUGGUGUGUGCACUGCUUCUCCUGUUCUACCUGCAACAGCCGGCUCACCCUGAAGAACAAGUUUGUGGAGUUCGACAUGAAGCCCGUGUGUAAGAGGUGCUACGAGAAGUUCCCGCUGGAGCUGAAGAAGCGGCUGAAGAAGCUGUCGGAGCUGGCAGCCCGCAGGGCGCAGCCCAAGUCCGCGGGCCUCCAGCCCGCCUGAGAGGCCCUCCCGCCGCCCGCCAUCGUCCUCCUGCUCCCCCCGGCUUCGCCGCCCGCCCCCGCUGCCCGAACCUGCGGCUUCUCCCUGCCCGCCUCUCCGCUCAGCAUCCCCCCCCCCACCGAGGCGUCCCAUCCUUCCCCUCCCUCCUUCCACGAGGCCAGAGGCCACGGGGCAGGGGCCUGGGCGUGGCAAGCCUGUGACACAUCCUCGUCCACAGCUUCGGCCCGAGGUCUUCCAGGGACAGAAGCAAGUAGGGCCAGGGUCACCUGGGCCGGCCUGUCCUGACCUGUCCCAUCCCCGCAGGAGGCCUCGUGGCUCGCAUUCUGUGGCAGCUUGGCCAGCCUCUGCCCCCCGUGGCACAGGUGCAGCCCACGGCCAGGCGGCCGCCCGGACCCCAGGGCCAUGUGGGUGGGCGCCCCCGGGGAGCCACCCUGCAGUCCCCCGACCACGCACGCGCUCAGCCAAGCAGGAGCCUCGUGCCCAGGCCAGGCCGGCGAGUCCCGCUUCUUCAGCCCACGCAGCAGCGGGAGGGCCCCCGCUCGCCCCGCCGCCAGGGCACCCGCUGACUCCCCGGUGCAGCCUGGGGCCAGGAGGUGGUGGGCUCUGGUGGGCGGCUCAUUCCUGCCCUCCGGGGAGGACAGCGUGGGACCCUGGGGUUGGGACUCACACUUGCACAACGAAUGAAGGCUUUUCUACACGA